AUGUUGGAAACGACAAAACCACUGAAUGUAUACUGUAACAGCGAAAGUGGCUACGAUUCACCGCAUGCAAGUGGGGAAUCGUCAAGAAGAAACUCGAUUGGAUUCAAAGAAUAUGUGAAAAGUCGUCGUUUCACAAUGAUUGGCAAACCAAAUCGAGCAACAGUACCAAUACCGGCAGCCUCCGAUGCCUCUAGAAAAACAAGUAGUUCUGAUUCGAGCUUCUAUGAUGCCCCAGAUGAUCUAGAUGAUGAACUAUCGCCUAGACCGCUAUAUCAUCGACGAAUGAGCGUACCUGAAAAGGAGUACGCUAUAUUGCGGCCAUCUAUGGAAGUCGACAUCAAGUUCGAAAUCGUAGCCGCAUUUGAUCGCUAUACCGAUCCAUAUCGUCAUUACAUGCAAUCGCUUACAUGCUAUGAUCUACAGCCCACCCACGGUGCCGUGGUGGUUAUUGAUGGGGAGUUAAAAGUGGUCUCGGAAUCAUCACCAUAA